AUGGCUCAAGGCCUGAUCAAGAAACCUUCCAAACCCGCUGCGGCGUCCAAAUCCUCCGCAGGCCUGACAAAGAAAGGCCGUGGCACCGUCACGCCGAAAAAGGCGAAGCUGCUCAAACAAGCCAAGAUCAAUAAGAAGUACACAGUUGGCCUGACAGCGAAGACGGAAGCCAUGCUCGGCGAAAGGGUGGGACAUCUAGAGUUGCUGGGACAUGGCAGGAAGAAGAACACAGGUGCGGAUGCUAGCAAGAGCGGAAAGAAGAGUGGGAAGAAACCAUAG